AUGGCCUUUGAGUUUCCGGACCACUAUGGGCAGCGUUUCACUCCGACCCUCCACCACAAGGCCGAGGGCCCGACAUUACCGGAAAACAAUCGCUCUUCGCCGUUCGUGGUAGUUGUGACCGGCGCUGGCAAAGGUCUAGGUGUGUAUAUAUCACUCGCGUACGCACGAGCAGGGGCAACGGGGAUCUGCAUCUCGAGUCGAACGCAGAGUGACCUCGACGAGCUGGAAAAGCGGCUAAAGGAGGUGAAUCCAAAGGUGGAGAUUCUUUCGGAGGUCUGUGACACGGCGAAACCCGAAGCCGUCAAGGCCCUCGCAGAAAAGGUCCGCGAGAAGUGGAACGGGAGAUUGGACGUGGCCAUUGCCAACGCCGGGGUCAUUUCCAAGUACCUGUACGACACGGACCCGGCGACUGGGGAGAAGACGAACCGACGCCUGCCCAAGGGCAUCGUCGAGGACGACGACUUCGCUCGCGUCAUCGACAUCAACCUGCUGGGCAGCUACUAUGUCGCCAAGUACUUCACGCCGCUGCUCAUCGCGCCCGAAAACCCGAGCACGGUGAGGAGUUACAUCGUCCUGACGAGUCUCGCGUGCCAGUUGACCGAGAGCAGCUUCGUGCCCACGGCGUACAACAUCGCGAAACUCGCCAACAACCGCAUGAUCGAGCACAUGGCCACGGACCACAAGGACGACGGCCUGCUGGCCUUCGCGGUGCACCCGGGCGCGGUCCUGACGCCGCAGACGCAGAACCACUCGACCCAAAAGGGCGACGCCUGGGACACGCGCCUGACCGAGGACAUUGGAUUGUGCGGCGGCUGGCUGACCUGGUUGACCCGCGAAAGGAGGGAGUGGUUGAGCGGCCGCUACCUCGCUGUGACCUGGGACGUCGACGAACUGGAGGCCAUGAAGGACGACAUUGUGCGCGAGGAUAAGUUGAAGUUCAGGAUGGCUGUUUAA